AUGGCAGGUGUUACGAAAAAGGGCUUAAUUCUAACAGCAGGCACGUCCAAGAGGACGUUUGUGCCUCAAGUGAACAAGGAAUUUAAGAUCCAUUGUGCUUGCUUAACAGAUACGAUAACCCAGAAGGCUGGGAAUAAAUUUGCUGAUACUCUUCCAACGAUUGUUGAUGACAUUAAAGAAUGCUUGCAAGAAGUUUUAUCUUGUAUACUGGAAACUGAAAUGAAGAUUGCUUUUGGAGACCUUUGGGAAGAGGUAGUGUAUCACCCCCCACCCUGGACAUUGGCAAAGGUGUUGGAGUGCUACAAAAAACACUGGAUGGCUGUUUUUGGAAUGGUUAUAUCAAGAAACUUUCUUUCAGCAAUUGAAUAUCUACAUGAACAUCUCUGUAAAGCUUCUGUGGUUAAACCCUCAACAGUGAAUGAGGUGCUCCAGGAAUCUAAAAUGUUGUUGGAGGAGUUUAGCUCAAGAUCAGAAUAUGAUGGUAUCCUUUCCAAGGCUUUAGCUCAGGUGAAUAAACUGCUCAAGACUAUUGACAAGCCAGGUGCUGGACCAAAUACUCCAGACACCCUCAAAUCUACUUCAGGAACUACUACUUGUGAACAAAUGGAAGAUGUAGCUUUGACCCAGCACACUCAGGAUGUAGAUACGUCCUUGUCGCCUAAGCCUUUAGCCCAAGGAAACAGGCAUGUGGAAAUCUGGUCUGUCCUUGAAAGCGUCUGGAACACAAUAAACCUAUUCAGUCUAGAACUUUUCCAGAAGCUGGACCUCAGUACGGCUACCACCACUCAGAAUAUGGACUCUUUGAAAGACGCUUUUGUCGGUCUGCAGAAGUUAAUGGCGGCAGUGAGCGAAAUCCUAGCAGGAAUUCGGCAGGUUUUAGUGCCAAACAGUAGCUUUCAAGAUGUCUGGGCUCUCUAUAGCUUUUUAACUAAUAAUAAGAUGCACAAUAAUACAAAAUUUACUGCUGAGGAACUUUAUGACUGCAUUUCCCAAGAGGUGUACAGGGACCGUUUAUCGGUUGGAUGCUGCCAACUAGCUCAACUGGACAACAAUAUUAAACGGUGCUAUGAAUCUGUCUGUCUGGAGAUAAAGAACAGGGGUUGGCUCUAAUUGUGCAAUGAGCUGCAGCUUUUGAAUUGUAGAGUUGGAAGAGACCCUGCGGGUCAUCUAGCCCAACCCCCUGCAGUGAAGGAACACGUCAGUUUGAUGGCCCAGCCAAAGAUGGACCUUAGAGCAGUGUUACUAAAUGGCAUUAUUUGCGCUCUCGGCAGCUAUGCUUAAGGUCCCAAACUAUACGUUACAUUAAUUGUGUAGUUUGGUGCUGUUCUUCCCCACCCACCCCUUACCUAUAUAGCAGCUGCUGAGGGGAGGGGGGUGAGGGUUAGGAUUGGGACCCACAGCAGGGGUGUGUGUGGAUUUUUAAAAUCUCCCCAAAGCUCCUAUUUGUAUUAGGUAUGUGUUGCCAUUGGUGCCAGCAGAGUGAGGGAGGCAGUUGUAGGCAGGAUAACUCAGCACGAGACUUUUAAACUCGGGACUGUAGUAUGGGGGUAAAGAGCAAACCCCCUUUCCCCCCAAUCCUGAUUUUUCAGUACAUUAAAAAAAAUAAACAAACUUGCAAGGCCCAAAUGGUUGUUAAGAUAACGCACAAUUUAUCUAAAGAAAUAGUAGCAGGGGAAAAAGAGUCCACAUCGCAGUGAUGGUAGCUUACCUCAGCAAAGAUCCUGCCAACACAGUGGUCUCCCAUCAGUUACAACCUCUCUUACAAUGAGGCCCCCGCAUCACUUAGGUAUGUAAGGCACCAAUCAGCAACUACAGAAAUCACUUUAAACCCCUCUGAGCUCCCUCUCAAACACAAAGCAUAGCCCCACCCCACGAACCACUUUUGACAGAUGAGUGGGAUCACUCGCCUGUGAAUCACCUGAUUGGUGCUCACAGCAAGCCCCGCUUUGGGCAUGGAUCGACUGCGCCAGCGAGGCGCACUUGUAAGCACCGAUCAGCUGCUGGGCGCCGACAAGCCUUGCUUACCAAGGAGCAAUUAGGAGCACACACUAAGGCUCCCAAUUGUUCCUUUGCAACCAUAUCAUUCCUCCCCUGCCCCCAUGCAGCAUCUGACAUCAGGUGAAGGGUAGGGGGAUGUGGUUUGGGGAAGGCAGACUGGUGGGUCAGAGGUCCUAACCACAAUAGGUAGUUAGACCAGAAACCAGCUAGACCCGCAGGCAGAAUUUCAAAUCCUCCAGCAUCCUGAGCAAGGGCAGUAGCAAUAGCGCUGCGGCAUUUUUGCCAGUGCAAAAGCAAAGGUAACUUAUCGGUGGAGUGGCAGAGGCAGGAUCAGGCCCUGGUCACAGACUCCUAGGAGAGAAGGCUUGGAAGAAACCCCCAAAGACCUCCAGGAAGGACCCAUUCUCAGUCCAAUGGGAGAGAUACAACCAGAGAGGGUUUGUCUCCAGCUACUCCCUAGAACAGGGACCUGUGAUCAACUUUGGAAAAUUUGGCUGGGGCUGAUUGGCACUGUAGUCCAAAACAUCUAGUGGGCACCAGUUUGGUGAAGAAUGCUCUGUAUCUUCAUCCCAUUAUUGAAUUUCUGGCAUUUCAUCCUUUCUAGCCUCUCUUAAUUAAAACAGUAUUUUUUCACUUUAUUAUAUUCUUCCCUAUUGUUUACUACUUGUCCUCUUCACUGUCUUCUCCCUACCCCCUUUCCUGCUUGGCCAUGGGUCAUGGCAGGAGAAGCCAUUAUGUGGGAGACAGAAUAGAAGCAAGGCUAAAAUCUCACUGUCUUGUGUGCGGUGUGUAUCAGUGCCUUGAGCACAGCUGCCGUACCUUGAUGACUACAGUGGAUCCGAAAGAAAGCUUUCCCCAGAAGUACUACGCAAUGAAAUUUGGAGAUCCAGUCACCCGUCCCUGCCCCCACCCUCUUGGAGUGGAUGCUCCUAGAGGCAAUUGGUGAAGAGAAAUGUAGCUUGGGAUUUGCUCACAUAGUAUGACUGGCAAACGUAUUGCCAAGGUGGAAGGGGCUCAUCGGGGCAGGGACCAUUUUGAACUGGUUUGGUGAUUUACUGACCACUUGCCACCAGACUGUGCUCCACACCUCUGCCUUGCACUUUUGAAGCAAAAUUGAGCAUCAUUAUUUAUCCGUUUAUUGUAUUAUCCCCCCCCCCCAAAUACUUUAUGCCAUAGCUUACUCCUGCCCCCUCCAGCCCUUAGUAGAUUCUGCCUUUGGAAGCAUUCGCCCCACUGUUAUGCCAAAGUAGCUAGAAACAAGGGCAAAAAAAAUGGCUAGUCAUUCUAAAACAAUUAAGCAAGCUUGUGAAAGCAAUGUGGACCUCCCAGCCCUCUCCUGAAACAGGCACCUUUGACACACGGCGUGCUUCUAAUUCCUCCGAGGAAUAUGAUGGGGACUCCCCAUCCCCCAGGACUUUGCUACAGAAAAGUUCCAGAUAGGAGGUCUUUCCUUCUCUCAAAGAAAGAAGAUGAGAAGUGGAGACGCCAUUUGCAGUAAGUAAUGAAUACUCCCAUUUUUUCUGCUUUACGCUGGCCUAGUUAUGGCAACACAGGACUUGUGAACUGUUAAAGUGUAUUGUGAGUUCCCUAUGCUGGCACAGUAUGGAACUACCUUGGCAAACUUGACUUUCACCCAGUCAAUUUAACUCAAGGCUACGAUUGCAAUCCUAUGCAUAUUUGUUUGGGAGUUAAGUCCACUUUUGAGUGAAGGAACCUACGAUUGCAUUGCACAGCUUCAUUUGUUUAGAAGGAUACUACACAAGCCUUUUUGCGUCGCUGCCGGUUUCGGAAGGCUUGCCUUGAGGAAUUUGCUCAAAUAAUUUCUGCAAGCGGCUGUUUUGAUAAACAAAAGGUGGCACAAGGUGUGUUCAGUCUUUCUCCAUCGUGGCACAUGGAGGAGGGAGCAGGGCCACAACCCCAAUGUGAUUGUGCAAAUGUGUGCAAAUGCAAUUUUGUGAGUGCAGCGAUGGGCAAAAGAUUCCUGCAUUGCAGGGGGUUGGACUAGAUGACCCUCGUGGUCCCCUCCAUCUCUACAGUUCUGUGAUUCCAAGUCGAUUAUGGCUAGAUGCAAACAGUAAAAGGCUAAUUUUAGGGCUGAUAUCUCUGACUUUGAGGGGCCAGGAGCAGCAGACCAGGGACCUAGAGAAGUCUCACUAAACUGAAAGGGAUUUCACUAAUUGUAUAAAGAUACUGACUGUGGCUAUGCACAUUUUGGGGUUCAGAAGAAUAUAGUGUUAUAUUCAAUGACACAUGGAACCACUGCUUUUGUUUUGCUUCUAAUUGAUUAUAGAUAAGCAGUGUCUCAGCUGCAGUCAAUGUGCGCAAGCAGAGGAGGGUGUUUUCUUUAAUUUAUUGUCAAUAAAUACUGUAUUUUGUCUUAUCUACCUGUGCUGGUCACAUGGUUAGUUUCUGCUAAAUGUUGGCAAAUGAAAACAGGGACUUUGGGGGGGGGGAAAUGGAAUAGGUCUUGAAGUGAAAGCCAAAAUUAGUUGUUUUAUAUUGAUAUGUCCAAAGCUCAUAUAAAUUAUCAAUAUUCUCCCUAAAGCUUAUUUUUUUCAGCCCAGUUUAUAGCUGUUACCUAAACAGCGGCCAACUUUUCAUUGUAUUAACAUGUACUGAAAUAAAAUUUGAUAUUAUUUUUAUUCUGAUAUUCUUUUUAAAAAUUGUUAAGAUCUUAAUAAUUUGAGCUAUUCUUUUAUUAAAUAGCAGUUCUCUGCUGAAUUGUC